AUGGGGUGCAAUUACGCAGAUACUGUGGACAUAUCACACGUUCCACUGACAAAUGGAUCCUAUAAUUACCAUGGCCUCCAAAUACCCGUCCACUUGACGGGAAUCUAUGACUUUGAGCAUCUGGUGGGCGGAAACGAGAGGCGUGUGAAAAGACAUCUAAGGGCCUGUGUCUGUAAACUGAGACCCUGUAUGCGAGUCUGCUGCCCACGAAAUCAGAUAUCGGAAAACGGCGAGUGCAGUGAUAAAGUGAAGAAGGAGCUAGCUGAGGUCCAACCAACGAUCGAGAAGCGAAUUUUUAUCACCAAUAUUGCCGUGCAAAGUGAUCUGUUUGGAUUUUGCGACGAGUUUUUUGACCUGUCAGAUGAUGAGCUCAUAAUGUUCGAGGUUACACUAAGAUAUUUCUUUGCAGUGGGUUCAAUUCUCUGGCUUUUUGUUGUCAGUCAUCGCACGAGAAAGGGAUUGACGUCGAUGAGUCUAAAUGAUCCUCGUUAUCGGUUCCGGGCCUACUCCGUAUAUGUUUGGGGCUCAACGACUUUCCUGACCGCUGUCGUUAUUCUAACCGAUCGGAUAUGGGGCAAUGAUUUGUCUACACUUAAAUGGACCCCGUCUGUUGGUUUCGCUCAGUGCUGGCUGUAUCGUAAUAGCUCGGGUAUGUUAAUCUUUUUUAUUGGACCAAUCCUGGUCCUGUGCAACAUCAAUGGGGUUAUUCUUAUCCUCACGAUCAUUAACAUGUGGAAAACGGAAAGAAAAGUGAAAAAAUCAAUUAGGGUUAAGCUGAGCUCGGCGAGCCAGACGUAA